AUUGCUUUGCAAGUUGGAACUACGAUUUUCAUAUGUUGUAUUGAUGACGUGGCAGCGGAUCUGGUAGCAAUUCGGUUGGAUGGUGGUGGUGGGUUAAUGGCACCAAAAACGAAAUACGUUAUAGUUCAGCUGGCAAGCGUUGUAUCUGGCAGUACGAGGAUAUGGAUACGAGAACGAGCAGCGGACAAAUUUCGUGGAAUUUUUUACGAUCCAGCCGUUGGACGAGAAGUAUUGUUUGAGGAGAAGCAAAAAGUGAAGGGGAAAGCUGCAUUACCGGAUCGUGUCAAACAAAAUUUCAAUCUCACAUAA